AGACAUACAGUGUGUAUCAUGUUGUUAGUCAUGUUUGACAUUUAUGACUAUGUCUGGGACCGACAAAGGUAGGUUGGUGGAUAUAAAAGCCAUGAUGAACACAGCCCCUUCAGGCACUCUUCACCUGGCAAACACAUUUCACACCAGCAUGAUGCCGACUCAACCCGAGAUGUCAGUGGUGGAGGUUCACACAGCCAACCAAUCUGCCCUGUCUUCCUCUCCUCCCCCCGUUCCCCUGGGAGGGCAGACGGGGAGCACUGGGAGGGAGAGGGCCAUCAGGCGCAGCUGGCUGCUCUCGGGGAUCAUCGCGGUCAAUGUCUUGAUCCUAGGCUGUGCUCUGGUCAGCGGCAGUGCCUUCAACAAUGUCAAGAUCAGCACCAUCGACUUGGAGAUCUUCCUCAUCAUCAUGGUCAUCCUCACCACUGUCUGGAUGCUGUACUAUGUCAUUUACACUUCCCGGGAGGACUGCGCUGUGCUCCACAAAGACGGCCAUGCCGGGCCAGUGUGGCUCAGGGGUGGACUUGUAAUUUUUGGCAUAUGCAGCCUGCUGAUGGAUGUGUUUAAGAUGGCUAACUUUAUUGGCUACAUGCACUGUGAUUCUGCCGUGAAAAUAGUGUUCCCUGUCUUGCAAUGCAUAUUCAUACUCGUCCAGACAUAUUUCCUCUGGCUCCAUGCUAAAGACUGUGUACAGCUACAAAGGAAUGUAACACGCUGCGGGCUGAUGUUGACUCUGUCCACCAACCUCAUGCUGUGGAUGGCAGCUGUAACAGACGAGUCCAUGCACCAGACUGUUGUUCCUCCGAUGGAGGGAAACAACACACGUUCAUUCAGCAGCUUCAAAGCCUCCGGCGGAGACAACAGCUGCAUGUGCAGCCACUCGUCCUGUGUUGUCUUCGAGAAGGCCUACUACUACCUGUACCCCUUCAACAUCGAGUACAGCCUCUUCGCCUCGGCCAUGGCCUACGUCAUGUGGAGGAACGUGGGCCGCCGGGCGGACGAGCACCAUCACCACGCGCUCCGCUUCCGCCUCCGCGACAUGACGGUUGGACCCGUGGUUGGCCUAGUCCUGCUGAUAGCCGGCCUGGGCACCUUUGUCAUCUACGAGGUGGACGUGGAGCAGGGGGACCUGGGGACCCGCAACAUGGCGCUGAUGCUGCACUACGUGGUGAACGUGGUCGCCACGACCCUCAUGUCUGUCGCGACGGUGGCUGGCUGCGCCAUCUACCGGCUGGACAGGAGGGACUGCGUGUCGGGGAAAAACCCCACGCGCAGCCUGGACGUGGGCUUGCUGAUCGGCGCCUCGGUGGGGCAGUUCACCAUCUGUUACUUCACGGCGGUGGCGGUGGUGGCCACGGGGGCCACGGGAGCCCUCAACGCUCUCAACCUGGCCGUCUCCCUGGUUACCAUAGUCCAGCUCUGCCUGCAGAACUUCUUCAUCAUCGAGGGCCUGCAUCGCGAGCCCUUUCGCGACAACAGCCACCAAGCCUCCGUGUUCACCAACCCCUACGUCCUCAAAGCCCACAGAGACGAGCUGCCGGCGAAGCUUGUGGACAGCAAAUCGUCUCCAUCUCUGGCCGUUCGCAGCGUGCACAUCGCCCCUUCUGCUCAUUCUACCUCCAGCUCGCCUCAUCACCGCGGGUUAACCUGGAAGAGACGAGUCCUGAAGGACAUCUGUGCAUUCCUGCUGCUCUGCAACGUCCUGCUUUGGAUCAUGCCGGCAUUUGGAGCCCGUCCCCAGUUUGUCAACACCAUCGGAGUAGAGUUCUACGAGUUAACCCUGUGGGUAGCUGUGGUGAAUAUUGGACUCCCCUUCAGUAUUUUUUACCGUAUGCACUCCGUUGCCAGCCUCUUUGAGGUCUUCCUCACCUCAUAAGCCAGCAAAUGGAGAAAACUUUCUGAAAUGUAUAUAGAUUAUUGUUAUAUUUGCUUUUUUAUUGUUUAACCAUGUUUAACUAUGUGCACUGUGACCUCAUUAAAGCAAUUGACUGAGAAAUAACGUUAUAAUAAAAUGUUAUUUUGAUUGAAAUAUGACCAUAUCAAUAAACUCUUCAA